UCGUUGAAUAUGAAAGCCAGCUCUUAUAAAAAAGAAAACUUGCACCAAAUUCAUCAUUCAAUUAUGCUACUCCAAUUUCUCAAUUUCGGCGGCGGCGGCGGCCUCCGCUUCCCCAACCUCCCAAACCCCAAAAAUGCCCCCUCCGCCAAAACAACUCCCAUCUCCUCCUCCCCAUCUUCAAUCCGCUGCGUCUCUCAACUCACCGGCAACGGCCUCCCCGCCCACGACAUCGCCGCUAUUUUGCACAACAAAGUUCUUGUAUCAGCAGUUGCCUCUGCAGCAGUUGGGCAGCUCCUCAAACCGUUUGCUUCCACCGUUUUGUACGGCAAGAAAUUUGAUUUGAAGACUGCUUUAUCAUCUGGAGGAUUCCCUUCUACACAUUCUUCUUCUGUUGUGGCGACGGCAACUUGUCUUGGCAUGGAGAGAGGCUUUAAGGAUGCACUUUUUGGUUUAGCUGUGAUUUAUGCUGGCCUUAUAAUGUAUGAUGCACAGGGAGUUAGAAGGGAAGUUGGAUCUCAUGCUAAACUGCUGAACAAAGUGGUGCCAAGAAGCAGAUUCUACACGCCUUCCUCUACAGACGAUGCAGAUGGUGUAAUAAAUUCAUAUUCCAGAGACUCAUCUCCAGACUUAGAGAUCACUGAUCCUGUUCUGUCAGAGGAGUAUACCUCGUUGCAGAAAAAGCAAACGAGUUCUCUGUUGCUCGAGCCUGACAAGCGGAGGCGUGUAAGACCCUCGGGUGUAGUACCUGAUGGGGAAUCGGAAAUUGUAGCAUCUUUGUUGAAGGAAUCGGUCGGCCAUACAGAGGUUGAAGUUGCUGCCGGAGCCUUUGUAGGUUUGGUAGUGAGCUUAGUAGUGUGCUCCUACUUAUAGUACUUGUUGGUUUAAGUUACACCAUUCAUGUACCAAUAACAUACAUACAUAUGUUACAUUUAUCUCAAUAAAAUGCUAUGCUCUUCUUAUUGUAUGGAAA